GGCCCAGAGCUCCACCCGCAUCCCCUUGGUGCUGCUGCUGCUGCUGCCGCUGGGCCCAGCUUGGCACACAGCUGCCCAGCGCUGCCCACAGCCCUGCAUCUGUGACAAUGCCAGGCGGCACGUUUCCUGCCGGUACCAGAACCUCACUGAGGUGCCCAGCACCAUCCCAGAGCUCACCCAGAGGCUGGACCUGCAGGGCAACGCGCUGAGGGUGAUCCCCCCGGCCGCCUUCCGGGACCUGCCGCACCUCACACACCUGGACCUGCGGCACUGCCAGGUGGAGCAGGUGGCCGAGGGCGCCUUCCGGGGCCUGGGCCGCCUGCUGCUGCUCAACCUGGCGUCCAACCGCCUGCGCGAGCUGCCCCAGGAGGCGCUGGACGGGCUGGGCUCGCUGCGGCGCCUGGAGCUGGAGCGGAACGCGCUGGAGGAGCUGCGGCCGGGCGCCUUCGGGGCGCUGGGCGCGCUGGCCACGCUGAACCUGGCGCACAACGCGCUGGUCUACCUGCCGGCCAUGGCCUUCCAGGGGCUGCUGCGCGCGCGCUGGCUGCAGCUGGCGCACAACGCGCUCAGCGCCCCCGGCUCCAGGCACAGCGGCUGCGAGGGCCGCGGGCUGCAGGCGGUGCCCCGUGGCUUCCCCAACGACACCCAGCUGCUGGACCUGCGGCGCAACCACUUCCCCUCGGUGCCCCGGGCCGCCUUCCCCGGCCUGGGCCACCUGGUGUCGCUGCACCUGCAGCACUGUGGCAUCUUAGAGCUGGAGGCAGGCGCCCUGGCGGGGCUGGGCCGCCUCGUCUACCUCUACCUCUCCGACAACCAGCUCUCUGGCCUCAGCGCUGCUGCCCUCGAAGGGGCGCCGCACCUGGGCUACCUGUACCUGGAGCGCAACCGCUUCCUGCAGGUGCCGGGCGCCGCCCUGCGCGCCCUGCCCAGCCUUGUGUCCCUGCACCUGCAGGACAAUGCCCUGGAGCGUCUGGGCCCUGGGGACCUGGCGGGCGUGCGGGCCUUGCGCUGGCUGCACCUGAGCGGAAACCGCAUCGCUCAGCUGUCCCCCGGGGCGCUAGGGGCGGCUCGCGAGCUGGAGAAGCUGUACCUGGACAGGAACCAGCUUCGAGAGGUGCCCACGGGGGCGCUGGAGGGGCUGCCCGUCCUGCUGGAGCUGCAGCUCUCAGGGAACCCACUCCGGGCCCUGCCAGAAGGGGCCUUCCGGCCCACGGGGCGGUCCCUGCAACAUCUCUUCUUGAACAGCAGUGGCCUGGAGCAGAUUUCCCCAGGGGCCUUCUCUGGCCUGGGGCCGGGGCUCCAGAGCCUGCACCUGCAGAAGAACCAACUUCGGACGCUGCCCGCCCUGCCCAGCCUCAGCGGGCUCGAGCUCAUCGACCUCAGCGCCAACCCCUUCCACUGUGACUGCCAGCUGCUGCCACUGCACAGGUGGCUCACCGGGCUGAACCUGCGAGUGGGGGCCACCUGUGCCACCCCCCCUGGCGCCCGGGGCCAGCGGGUGAAGGCAGCAGCUGCUGUCUUUGAAGCCUGCCCAGGCUGGGCUGCCAGGAAGGCCAAGCGGACACCAGCAUCCAGGCCAGGGACCCGCAGGACCUCAGUCAAGGGGAGGCCGUGAGGAGCUCCAGGGCGGGAAGGAGAGGCGACCUCCCAGCGCAGCACAGGCCGGCCCUGCCUCGCCCCCUGGGGACUCUUACUCUCGCCAGGCCCCGGC